AAGGCAAAAAGGCCCACCAAAACCAUCACCAUGACCGAUGGGGACUAUGAUUAUCUGAUCAAACUCCUGGGCCUUGGAGUUUCAGGCGUGGGGAAGACGACAUUUCUUUAUCGAUACACAGACAAUAAAUUCAAUCCCAAGUUCAUCACAACAAUAGGGACAGACUUUCGGGAAAAACGUGUGGUUUAUAACACACAGGGACCAAAUGGGUCAACAGGGAAAGCAUUUAAGGUGCAUCUUCAGCUUUGGGACACCGCAGGACAAGAGCGAUUCUGGAGUCUCACCACUGCGUUUUUCAGAGACGCCAUGGGUUUCUUAUUAAUGUUUGACCUCACCAGUCAACAGAGCUUCUUAAAUGUCAGAAACUGGAUGAGCCAACUGCAAGCAAAUGCUUAUUGUGAAAAUCCAGAUAUAGUAUUAAUUGGCCACAAGGCAGACCUGCCAGACCAGAGGGAAGUCAACGAACGGCAAGCCCAGGAACUGGCUGACAAAUACGGCAUACCAUAUUUUGAAACAAGUGCAGCCACUGGCCAGAACGUGGAAAAAGCUGUGGAAACCCUUUUGGACUUAAUAAUGAAACGAAUGGAACAGUGUGUAGAGAAGACCCAAGUCCCCGACACUGUCAAUGGCGGCAGCUCUGGGAAGCUGGAUGGUGACAAGGCAGCAGAGAAGAAAUGUGCCUGCUAGACUUUACCCUAGGACCUGAUCAUCCAGAACCCCACGAAAACAUCACUUCCAAGAAGAGCGACAAACCACACAAUUGCUGAUGAGUAGACCAUGCAUAAUGGCAUGGCUUUCUUUUUCUGUCAGAAAAUCUACUUUAAGAACCAGAAUAGUCAACAGUGUUCAAAAGAGUUGACCAGUUGUCCCUGAGGCCCCUCCAAACGAGAUCACAGAUUUCCCAGUGUCAUCAUACCAUCAUGGACACUCAGCUCAUUUUUCUUAUAAAGAAGAUGAGUAUGUAAGAGAGUAUACAAGAAGAAAUACCAGUGAGUUUUCAAUUAGAACCAAAGGCACCUUGUCACAUUGAGGACAAGAAUAGGCUUCUAAAGGGAUAAUGUAGAAAGGUGACUUUCUAAAAAGGUUGGAUUUACUUCUUAUAUAGAAUUUGAUUUGUACUUUUAGGUUUGCCUUGGGGGAAACAUAUUAACUAAAAAUGCAUAUACACAAUAAAGAGUUCU